AUGUCAUUAAUGUGUAGAAAGUUGUGUUUUUCUAUUUUAUUUGAGCACUUUGGUCCGAUUGUGCAAUCUGUAGCUGAAGAUUUAUUUAAACAUGGUGCAAGACCAAUAGGAUUAAUUCGUCAUGCAACACAUCUUCCUAUAACAAAGAUUAAAGAAUCAUUAUGCGUUUUAAUAAAACAUGGUCUUGUUACGUACAAUCAAGCAGAAAAGGGGAUGGAAUAUUCUUUAAUUGUAGAAAAUGUUUUACUCAUUCUUCGUUACCCAAGGUAUAUAUUCUUUGUAAAAUCAAUGUGUGGAAACGAGUGCGAGAUGAUUCUCGAAGAAGUAUUAAUGAAUGGAUAUAUAACAGCUUCAGAAGCAAUCGCAAAGACAUAUAAAAAGAUUGAACAAUCACCUUCUGAUCUGCAACCAUCAGUUCCAGUUUUAAAAGAGAAAUUUGAAUUACUUGUCAAAAACCAGUUUUUAAUGCGCAGUUUAGGUACAAUUGAAGAGAGAAAUGAAAAAUGUAAUUUUACAUUACCAGAUUUGAAUUUGGCUGCUAUUACUAAAAGAAUAGAAGGAAAUGAUAUUGAUUGUGGAGAUAGUAAAAUUUAUUGGAAAGUUAAUUUUGAUCGUUUUACUCAGGACUUUAGGGAUCAAAUUAUUAUAUCAGCUAUAAGCAGACGACUUGACGAAAAUGCAGGAGUGUUGAUGAGACAGUUAUUGAUUCUUAUGUAUUUACGGACAGCAUCAUGGGAAGACACAUCCAAUCCAAUACCUCUUACAGAAAUAAAAGAAGCAGUUAGAAAAGUCGAUUGUCCAUUACUUAUACAAUAUCUUGAUCAAUAUUUACGUCUAAUUGAGGAAGAUUCUAGUCAAUUUUUAAAACGAGUUGGGGAUUCGGGAGGUGGUCAAUAUAGCGUUAAUAUGAAAGAGGCGUUUAAACAAUUAACAUGGACCACAUUAGAAAAUAUUGUAAUGGAGCGAUUUGGUUCAAAAGCAGCCAGAAUUUUUAGAUUAGUGCGUAAUAGAAAGUACAUUGAACAGGAGCAAAUUCAACAACUGGCGAUGAUUCCGGCAAAAGAAGCGAAGCAUUUGACGUAUACUCUCUUGCAAGAGAAUUAUUUACAAAUACAGGAAAUAAAGAAAUCUGGAGUAUCAGCUGCACCAAUAAAAACAUUUUUCCUAUUUCAUAUUGAUUUAAAUUUGGUUGUUCAUAUGGAAGUGGAGCACUGUUAUCAUGCACUGUACAAUAUUAUGCAAAGACGAGAGUAUGAAGCAAGCAGCAAUAAGCGGAUGAUCGAUAAACAAUUGCGAAUGCAAACCCUUACGACUAAUUUGAAAGAACACGGUGCUAGCGAAGAGCAAUUAGCAGAGAUUGCAGAAAUGAUGACACCGUCUGAGAAACAACAAUUAGAAAAAGUUCAAAAUAGGAUUAAGAAAUUGGGUAUUACCGAAUUGCAAAUUGACGAUACUUUGUUCCUAUUGACAAUGUAUUUACGUUACCAUUAAAUAAAGACAUGUUUUUUAAAUAUGU